AUGUGUGGAGCCCGAGCAAGAAGCGGGAAAUGCGGGCGUACCUUGGCAGCAGAUAAUGCAACAAAUGCAACAACAGAAUCAGAUGAUGAAGCAGAUGAUGCAAGUCUGAAGAGGGUUCAAGAGGAGAAGAACCAAAAUAGGACUAACUUCAGGGAACAAGGAAGAUCUGCUCAACACCUGAAGCGUCGUAACUUUCCAUCAAAGAAGAAACAGGGUUAUGGUGACCAUUCUAACUAUCCUCCUCAGUGUGAUAAGUGCAAGAGAAGACACCAGGGUGGAUGCAAACCAUUUCCGGUGACUUGUUACGAGUGUGGGGAGCCUGGCCAUGUUAUUAAGAAUUGUCCAAAGAAGAAAGCUCUUGAAAGGACCGCAGGUCGUGUCUAUACCUUGGAUGUGAAGAAGGCGAAAGGAAACAACAAUCUUAUAGCAGGUAUAUGUUGUGUAAACAACCAACCUUUGUGUAUUUUAGUUGAUUGCGGAGCUACGCAUUCUUUUAUCUCUUCCGAGAGUGUCUAUCGACUUGGUCUAGAAGUUACCCCAUUAUCUAGUCCUAUGGUCAUUUCCUCGGCUACGGAUGACACGGUAGAAAAUGUAAUACCCGGUAACGUAUUUCCAUCCACUAAUCGAUAUUAA